AUGCAGGUUGCACCCAAACCUCAUCGCCACAGAGCGACGCCCUCUGACCCCUUCAACGACUCUCACACCCCGUCCUACUCUGCGUACGGUGUCCCCACCCUUACUCGCAACGCUCCCCCUCAGUCCGCUUCUCACCGUGCGCCCCCGCCCCCGCCCAAGGCUCUUCCCAAAUCAUCCACCAUCAGGAGGGCUCAGCCCGCUGUCCCCAUGAACAUGAGCCGAGACAACAACGUCGUCGAGGCCGUCCGCGACGCUGUUCAAGUAAGAUCGGGGGAUCAAGCCCCUCGCAAUCGAGUGGGCAGGAGCAACACAGAGCUCGCCGCCCCAACGCGGCCCUCGACCGGUGCUUCUCGUCGUUCGCACUCCCAAGACUCCGGGAUCCAGACGAUCAACCGCGACGCCGACAAGAACAAGAACGGCUCUCGCCCCCGUGGCAAGGCGAAGAAGGGCUCCUCUCAUGCCGAUGUCAUUGAUAGGCUUGACUUCUCUGGUGUCGGUCCCAUGUUCCACCAUGAUGGACCCUUCGAUGCUUGUGCCCCGUCGCGCAACAAGCAUUCUACUAAGGCUCCAAUGAUGGCAUGGAGUGCCGUCACGGAACGUGACAAGGUUGCUCUCGCCGCAGCUCAGGAGCUUCCACGCGUCGGCGACACGCCAUAUCCCACUUCUCCGGACAUCUACGUGCCGUACGAAGCACCCAAGAAGCGACACGAUGCUAUUGCGGAGGCUUGGGGCAUCCAUGAGCCAGAACCUUUCGAGGACUUCUCGGCCGGCGGUGGAGCAACCAGGCCGAACGCGGAAUACCCCUCGUACAACAACCGCAACGGCGGUGGGAAGCGCACUGAUCGCAGCGGCCGUUCCCGUCCUGAUGAACGUCCUGACGCUCGCCGCCAGGCUUCGAGGCGCGGCAACCUCCCCCCGCCCCAGCCAAUUUUUUCCCCGGAUGGGGAGGUGGAAGUUCCAAUCGAGCAGCAGGAACCCCCCUCCCCCACUGGCAACGGAACGCCCAAACGCAGCAAGUCGCUCAUGCGCCGCAUCCGUCAGAUGCGCGACUCGCCAAACGUGCCGGUGGCCGUCGGUGAUCGCGACCCUUCUCCCACCUCCUCCACCGAGGAGAACUCGAUUACGACUCAUUCCGCCCCUGGCCAUGGCGCUCGCCCGACGCACCGGCCCCAGCAGUCG